AAGUUACGUUUUCAAGGUGAGAAUAUCAGUCAGCAACGACUGGCUCGACGGCUGCUACCUCGUUCGCCCUCCAAAGGAUUUGAUAUCUCAGCGGCAUUGAUUGCUGAUUACUGGUAUGCUCAUCCUACACUUAGAUUCGGAUUCACGCAUGUCACUGCUAUGCAGGAAAAGCUCAUUGAAACGGCAGAAAGAGCGCAGGCACCAUAUUGCACCCCUAGUCAUUGUCGACACCAUAGUGGACGAGUUCUGAUAUUCACUCCUUUGGAAUAUACAUAUUCAUUUGAGAGCCAAACCAUAUUGUCUUUGUUUGUGACCUCACACGUCUGUUCAACAUUCCGUCUUUGUUCACACAGGUUGUUUCUUGCUAGAAUCGUCCAUUCCUUC